AUGAAGCCUUCUCGCUUUUUUGCCAUAGGGGCCGCGCUGGUGCAGUCCGCUUCAGCACACUACAUUUUCAGCAAACUUGUUCUCAAUGGCGAAGCAUCAAGUGACUGGCAGUAUAUUCGUCAGACUACUCGAAGCGUGAACUAUAUGCCCACGAAAUUCACAUCUACAUUUGACAAUCUGACACCUAUUGACAACGACUUCCGCUGCAACUUGGGAUCUUUCUCCAAUGCAGCCAAAACCGAAGUCGCCGAGGUCGCGGCUGGUGACACCAUUGCUAUGAAGCUCUUCUAUGAUGCUACCAUCGCACAUCCAGGACCUGGUCAAGUUUUCAUGUCCAAGGCACCUUCCGGUAAUGUCCAGGAGUAUGAAGGCGAUGGUGAAUGGUUCAAGAUUUGGGAAAAGACCCUUUGCAACGAGAACGGUGAUCUUACCAAAGAUGCCUGGUGUACCUGGGGCAUGCCACAAUUCGAGUUCCAGAUCCCUGGAAAUACCCCGGCUGGCGAGUACCUUAUUCGUGCUGAGCACGUCGGUCUCCAUGGGGCGCAGGCCAAUGAGGCAGAGUUCUUCUACAGUUGUGCCCAAGUCAAGGUCACUGGAUCCGGCAAUGGCUCCCCGAGCUUAACCUAUAAGAUCCCUGGUGCUUAUAACGACUCUAUGAAGCUCUUCAAUGGCCUCAACCUCUGGGUCGACAGUGCCGAUUCAAUCGAAGAAGACAUUCUGAGCACGCCCAUUGGUGAUGAUGCUUGGAACGGCAGCAAAUAA